AUGGCGAGUAAUGGUCGAACUACUCUCCCUGUUCCGCAGGUACCCGUCCAGGACAGCGACAAGAAGCUCUUUGCAUCAAUCAAUUCAUUCGUCCACGAGUACAUGUCAAAAUACGACAACUCACACGACUACCAACAUAUCCUGCGCGUCUUGUCCAAUACCAACCAAAUAUUUCAGGCCGAACUAAAGUCCAACCCCUUUAUGGCUUAUGACACUACUUCACUGUUCCUCGCCGCCCUUUUGCACGACGUGGGCGAUCACAAGUAUGCAAAACCAGGAGAAGACAUCGAGAACCAAAUUGCCAACACACUAAUUCAACACGGCGCAUCUAUUGAACUGGCCCAAAAGGUUCAAACCAUUGUGAAGAACGUUUCCUAUACGAACGAGGUCCGCGACCCUGCUCGCGUCGCUUCAGUGAUUGGGCAGUAUCCGGAGCUCGCUAUCGUGCAGGACGCCGAUCGCCUCGACGCCAUUGGUGCCGUAGGAAUAGCCCGAUGCUUCUCUUUUGGGGCAGCAAAGAUGCCCGAGCAGCCUAUGGACAGAGCGGUCAGCCAUUUUGGUGAAAAAUUGUAUAAUCUCGCAGGAAUGAUGAAGACGGCUACUGGCAAAGACAUGGCGAGGAGAAGGCAUGAUGUGCUAAAGGAGUUUGCAAAGGAGUGGGAAGAGGAGACACGCUUAAGCUUCCAGCUACAUUGA